GCCGGGGAGAGGAGACGGAGCGUUCCCGAAGGAGAGGGUGCGCAGGGUUUGGGGAGACCUUUCCUGUCCCCGCUGAGGGAGGAGGCGGUGUCGUUCAGCAAAGGUGACGCCUUUCCCGAGCGGCUUUUCUCGGCGGGGCAGCGUGCUCUGCCCCUGCAGCCCUGGUGUCUCCUCCCUUCCCCUCGGAGGAUCGAGGGGCAGAGCGGGAACGGGAGACAGAAGAUGCUGAGCCUCCCGGUAGCCUUCCAGUUGCUGCUGGUACUGGUGCUGUGCAGCCACAGCACAGAGAGGUGUCCUUCAGCCUUUUGCGAGUGUUCCGACUGGGAUGACUAUAAAAUCACCUGCAGGGACAUUCACUUCAUUCCCAGCCUUCCAGAAGAUACCCAGACCCUGAGGUUUAUGGAGACUCAUCUAAGAACAAUUCCAAGUGAUGCUUUUUCCAAUCUCCCCAACAUCUCUAGGAUCUACAUCUCCAUAGAUGAAACACUUCAGAGUCUGGAGGCCCAUUCCUUCAACAGUUUAAGUAAAGUCACUCAUAUUGAAAUUCGAAAUCUUAGAAACUUGGAUUAUAUAGAUCCAGAUGCCUUUAAGAACCUCCCACUUCUGAAAUAUCUUGGUAUUUUUAAUACUGGACUCAAAGCAUUUCCAGAUCUCACCAAAAUCUACUCAUCUGAUGUGAACUUUUUACUUGAAAUUGCAGAUAAUCCUUUCAUGACUUCAGUGCCUGCAAAUGCUUUCCACGGGCUUUGUAAUGAAUCUCUAACUCUCAAACUCUACAAUAAUGGUUUUACCAGCAUACAAGGCCAUGCUUUCAAUGGGACAAAUCUGGAUGCCAUCUAUCUGCACAAGAACAAAUACCUGGAAGUUAUCAAUGACAAUGCAUUUCUGGGAGUGCACAGUGGACCAACUCUACUGGAUGUCUCCAGAACAGCCAUUGCUAACCUUCCAUCCAAAGGACUGGAAAGCCUCAAAGAACUAAUAGCCAAAAAUACAUGGGCUUUAAAGAAAUUACCACCAGUAAAGCUAUUUCUUCAGCUAAUGCGAGCUGAACUAUCAUAUCCAAGUCACUGCUGUGCUUUCAAGAGCUGGAAAAAAAGCAGUGGAAUUUUGGAGUACCUGACAUGUAACCAGAGCAGCAGCUUUCGUAAGAGACGAUCAGUCAAAGCUCUCGGAGGUUCGUUUUACAAAGAUUAUGCAGAAGAAUACACAGACCACACUGAUACAGUUUAUGACAAAAACACCAAGUUCACAAAUUUGCCAGAAAAUUCCCAUUAUUACAUUUUUUUGGAAGAGCAUGGAGAAGCAAAUCUUGGGUUUGGCCAAGAGCUCAAGAACCCUCAAACAGAAGAUGUCCAGACCUUUGACAGUCAUUAUGACUAUGCUGUCUGUGGAGGCAAUGAAGAUGUAAUAUGCACUCCAGAACCUGAUGAGUUUAAUCCCUGUGAGGAUAUAAUGGGAUAUCAAUUUCUGAGGAUCGUGGUGUGGUUUGUGAACCUGCUGGCCAUCCUAGGUAACAUUUUUGUCCUUUGCAUCCUUCUCACCAGCCAUUAUAAACUGACUGUACCACGCUUUCUGAUGUGUAAUUUGGCCUUCGCUGAUUUUUGCAUGGGUUUAUAUCUCCUCCUGAUUGCUUCAGUGGAUCUCUACACCAGGUCAGAAUACUAUAAUCAUGCUAUAGAGUGGCAGACUGGGCCUGGUUGCAACACAGCUGGCUUUUUCACAGUAUUUGCUAGUGAACUGUCUGUAUACACUCUGACUGUGAUCACCCUGGAGCGCUGGUAUGCCAUCACUUUUGCCAUGCGCCCAGACCGAAAGAUUCGCCUUCGGCAUGCCUUGGUUAUCAUGCUGGGAGGGUGGCUCUCAUGCUUUCUUCUUGCCCUUUUGCCACUGGUUGGCAUCAGCAGUUACAGCAAAGUCAGCAUCUGCUUGCCUAUGGACACUGAAACGACAGUGGCUGAAGCCUACAUCGUCUUCGUUUUAAUAUGUAACAUUAUUGCUUUUGUCAUCAUUUGUGCCUGCUACAUAAAAAUCUAUGUAACUGUGCGAAACCCCCAGUACAAGUCAGGAGACAAAGAUACCAAAAUUGCUAAGCGUAUGGCUGUGUUGAUUUUCACUGACUUCUUAUGCAUGGCUCCCAUCUCUUUCCAUGCUUUAUCUGCCAUUAUGAACAAACCAUUGAUAACUGUCACCAAUUCCAAGAUUUUGCUGGUACUCUUCUACCCACUCAAUUCCUGUGCCAACCCCUUUCUUUAUGCUAUUUUCACCAAAGCUUUCCGAAGAGAUGUGUUUAUCCUGCUAAGCAAGUUUGGCAUCUGCGAGCAUCAGGCUCAAGUCUACCGAGGUCAGACAAUUUCAGCCAAACACAGUAGUGGCUCUUAUGGGCAAAGAAUCAGCCGAGGGAUAGGUCAUAUUCUUACAAGCAUUCAAGACCCAGUCAGUGAUUACCUUCCUGCCAUGACAAUGCAGAACCAAAUUCUUGUAGAAGAAUGCAAACAAACUGAGCUAUGACAUCUCACAGUAUAAAAGCCACAAUCUGGUCCAGAGGUGGUUGUGUGUACAGUGAACUGAGUGAGAAGAUAAUGUAUUCUCCAUAUCCUUUUUCCCUAGCCUAUCCUUUGUGAUAUCUGAAAGUACCUUCAGAGUGGUCUUCUUUCAGACAAGUCACUCAGCUGAACCUCCUGUCUCACAAUUUUAUCAGUACAGGUCAAAAGGUACUGUUCUGAUGAUAGCAUGGGAAGUAAAUGGGAAUGCUCUAUCUAAAUAGGAAAAUUAAUAUAUAUAAACUCAGCAAAUACAAAACAUACCCUCAUUUAAAA